AGUCACAAGUGUACUGUGAAAGGAAAUAUUUGUACGAUAAAGACAAUGUUUUUAAAGGUUGUUUUAUUCGCCACCGCGCUUGUUGCGGUCACCGCGCGGCCACAAGAAGGUCACGACCACCACCAUGGUCACAGCCACGCUGUAUCGUCACAGAACAUAGUGCUGCACCACUCUCACAAACACGAACCUGUACAUCACGAGGAACACCACAAGAAAGUCCAAGAGGAGCAUCAUAAGAAACACGAGGACCACCACCAUGAGAAACACCAUGGCCACGCCUCCUCCUCACAGAGCAUCAAGCAACACCACGGAAAAGCAACUGAAAAACACGUCGAAUACUAUUCUCACCCUAAGUACGAGUUCGCGUACAAAGUGGAGGAUCCUCACACUGGUGACAAGAAAUCCCAGCAUGAGUUUCGUGAUGGUGACGUCGUGAAGGGCGUGUACAGUUUGCACGAGCCCGACGGUACUGUCAGGAUUGUGGAGUACCACGCUGACAAGAAGACUGGAUUCAACGCCAACGUGAAGCAUGAGGGUCACGCCAAACACAUUGUUCCCGAACACCACUACCACCACUGAUUCUGUGAUAUCGUUUAUUAAGACUUGUUAAAGUUGUUAUCUGUUACAUUUGUUAAA